ACCAAAUGUAGUGCAUACGUCACGUCCGGUGCUGAAGUUGGUUCCGGUGGGUCUUUUUGGUUCCUCUUUUAGGUUCUCCGGUACCUGGGUAGUAAAGGAAAAAAAUACUUAGAAAAAGGGGGUUCUUUCUUUAGGUACGCAGCAAUUAAAAUUAAAGGACCGUCUGUCUGAGAGUACUAUGGAUACUUCGGGGAGUUCGCACAAAAAAGCAAAACUGAGCAACGAGGCGGAGAAGUGGGGGAUGCAGAGAGCUACUAAUGUGACGUAUCAAGCUCACCAUGUCAGCAGAAACAAGCGUGGUCAAGUGGUUGGCACCAGAGGAGGGUUCCGUGGCUGUACAGUAUGGCUGACAGGUCUCUCGGGGGCAGGGAAGACCACGGUGAGCAUGGCCAUGGAGGAGUAUUUGGUGUGUCACGGCAUUCCCUGUUACACUCUGGACGGGGACAACAUUCGCCAGGGCCUGAACAAGAACCUGGGCUUCAGCCCUGAGGACCGAGAAGAGAAUAUCCGCCGGAUCGCGGAGGUAGCAAGGUUGUUUGCAGACGCUGGUCUCGUGUGCAUCGCCAGCUUCAUCUCUCCAUACAGCAGGGACCGUAUCAAUGCCAGAAAGAUCCACGAAGCUGCAGGCCUGCCUUUUUUUGAAGUAUUUGUGGAUGCUCCUCUAGAUGUGUGUGAGCAGAGAGAUGUGAAGGGACUCUAUAAAAGAGCCAGAGCUGGAGAAAUCAGAGGCUUCACUGGAAUUGACUCUGAGUAUGAGAAACCAGAAGCCCCAGAGCUGGUCUUGAAGACAGACUCCUGCAGUGUUAAUGAGUGCAUACAGCAAGUAAUCGACCUCCUGCAAGAAAGGGAUAUAGUUCCCGUGGAUGCAUCCUAUGACGUUAAGGAGCUGUAUGUGCCAGAGAAUAAACUGGACUUGGCCAAGGCUGAUGCAGAAACUCUGCCAGCAGUCGAGAUAAACAAGCUCUCCAAGAGAGAUGCGCAUACAGACCAGGCAGAAGCUGCUAGCAGCAACUGUGGCGUGAUUAACCUGUCGGUGCCGAUAGUGCUGCCGGUGCUGACCGAGGACAAAGAGAGGCUGGACGGCUGCACCGCCUUUGCGCUGGUCUACGGAGGCCGCAGGGUGGCCAUUCUCCGAAACCCGGAGUUCUUCGAGCACAGGAAAGAGGAGCGUUGUGCCAGACAGUGGGGAACGACCUGCAAGGAGCACCCAUAUAUCAAGAUGGUGAUGGAGAGUGGAGACUGGCUGGUUGGUGGUGAUCUUCAGGUUCUGGAUCGCAUCUACUGGAAUGAUGGGCUGGAUCAGUAUCGACUUACCCCUGCUGAGUUAAAGCAGAAAUUCAAAGAGAUGAAUGCUGAUGCAGUAUUUGCAUUCCAGCUGCGUAAUCCUGUGCACAACGGCCAUGCUUUGCUCAUGCAAGACACCCACAAGCGCCUGAUUGAGCGUGGUUACGGAAGACCUGUCCUUCUGCUUCAUCCCCUGGGUGGCUGGACCAAAGAUGACGAUGUUCCUCUGGCCUGGAGAAUGAAGCAGCAUGCAGCCGUGCUAGAGGAAGGUGUGCUGAAUCCCGACUCUACUAUUGUGGCUAUUUUCCCGUCUCCCAUGAUGUAUGCUGGUCCAACAGAGGUGCAGUGGCAUUGCAGAGCCCGUAUGGUUGCCGGGGCCAACUUCUAUAUAGUGGGUCGUGACCCUGCCGGGAUGCCCCACCCCGAGACUGGAAAGGACCUGUAUGAGCCAACACAUGGAGCGAAGGUGCUGACGAUGGCCCCAGGUCUCAUCACAUUGGAAAUCGUACCUUUCAAGGUUGCUGCUUAUAAUAAAGUCAAAAAGAGCAUGGAUUUCUACGACCCCAAAAAGCAUGAGGACUUUGACUUCAUCUCGGGAACCCGGAUGCGUAAAAUGGCUCGUGAGGGACACAAUCCCCCUGAGGGUUUCAUGGUCGCCAAAGCCUGGGCGGUACUGAAGGAAUACUACAAGACUCUGGAAAAAGCUUAAGUUUUAUUAAGUGCAGAACAGUCCUUUAACAGUUAAUGAAUUAAAAAAGGGGACCACACAAUUACUGUUUCCACUGCUUUGUUGUGGUUUGCAUCAGGAAGUCGUUUUCCCCAAAAGCAGGCUCUUGGUCUUAAAGUUACUACCACUGUAUUCAGUCUUAUGGGUUCCAUUAUAUGCUGGCACCUAACAAAAAUACUGUCUUUUUUUUAUGGAUUUUGUUUAAUGCACCAUAUCCGUCUUUUUAAUUUAAAAAGCAAAUAACUGUUAGCUUGCAAUAUUUUUAAAAACGCAAAACGCGAUUAACUAGAAGUAGAUUCAUCUGAAUAGAAGCAAGGGGAGUUGGCUUUUCACCAGUUAUAUUCUGAAAUGCAAACUGAUCAGCUUUUGAACAUCUUUCCAGCCAAAGCUACACUCCAAAAAGUCAAGGGAAGAUUGUUUUAACUGUUGUGAGGACCUGGAUUCAGCAUAAAAUACUGUAAAAGAACAAAAUAGCGAAUUGGUUUGAAUUGGUUUUCAUGUUGUCUGUCGGUGUGAGCCGGUCAUUUAUGCUCUUCAUCAACUUUGAUUUGUCACAAAUCUGUUUCCCUCUGUAAUCUGUGAAGACUGUUAUUCUUGAUUAAUAAUGGUUAUAUUGAUGUUUGACCUAUCAAGGCUGUAUACAUUACUAUCCUCUUUUCCUUGCUAAAUUAUUUUUUUAACUAUAAAAAUACUUCAUUGAACAUUUAAAGAUUUUACAGAGUCAUAUAUUAAAAAUAUUCCCAUGUAGCAGAGUAGAUCAUGUAGUACAGGCCUACAGUCAAUACUGUACGUCUGAUCCAUUAACCUUCUAAAACUUUCUGUCCUGCUUUCUGAAAUUCACAUUAGAUUACAUUGUGAAUGAAUUUAAUAGUCCAUGCCUUGCCUCUAAAAGUUUAAGUUGACAGAAAAGAACACUUAGGCUUUCUAGAUUGGAAAAGGCAUACGACUGGUUAAUGCAGUUCAGAUCAUGAAAUAGCUGAAAUACUGUCAUAUCUAUUGACACUGACUGUAGCUUAUUCAGCUGUAAAUGGCAUUACUUCUACUAAACAUUAAUCUGUGUAGUGAUCAUGUCAUAAUUGCUACAGUUCACACUUGAAUAAACUGUUGUCUCAAAAUAUGCUUUUCUAUAGAUUCAUAGUUAAAUAAUCAACUCUAACAGCCUCAAAGUAUGUUUGUUUGUCUGUUCAGUUGUUCUAUCAAACAGAAUAGGCAUCUUCUCUGUGUACUUGUUGUUUUCCUAAUCAGUAUUUAGAAGUAAAAUGGAAUGAGGUGCAUAAUUAUAAAUCACUUUCAUAUGAGUGAGUUUUAUUUUUGUUUAUUCUGAUUUAACUUGUAUUUACCAGCAUGAUGAGAAUUUCUCACAGAAAAACUUACUGUUACUGUUAGUGUUACAUGUUGUUAAAUUUAUACCCAAUGCUUAUUAAAACUCUGCAUUAGUUUUA